UUUUCUCUUCCCCCUCACGAAAGUUGCAAUGCUAGAGCGAUGCGACCACCGCUCUACUCCCGACCUUCAAGAGCAUUAUUCAAAUGUGACAGGCUCAGAUAACUAUGAAGAGAAUAGAGCCACUGAGCAUAAGACAGAAAAUUUGGAUGCUGGAGGGAUGUUCAUCAACUUUUCGAGCGACAUGUCAGACAGUGGAUUCAAGGCAAAGCGAAAGUACAAACGAGCAUACAAGGUCAACGGAGUAAACAUACUCAAUAGAAGCGAGAUUGAUAGCAAAACAAUGAUGGAACGCCUCAGGAAGCGUAAAGAAAAUCACAAUCAUAUAGAACGUAAACGAAGAGAUCAUAUCAAUCACACUAUUUUUGAAUUGGCCGAAAUACUCCCACAAAUUCAAAGCCGUGCCAGUACUCCUACACCAAGCUAUACGCCUACCUUGACCCAAGAUCCCAAUAGCCACCCUAAUUGGGAACCACGUUUUGCGUGGGCGGCCGAACAAUCGCCAUCUUUGCCGCUUGAACGUUUGCAUAUUCGAUCUGCUCCCAGCACUCCACGUCAUAAUGAACCAUCCACCAUGUACUUUCAUGCACACCCAGUGUUACCGUCUCCGCAGCCCAAUAUCCUUCGCCCAAUUCUGCCAAAACAUCCAUCUGCAAUUGGCAAACUUCGUAUGUCGGGACUGGAGAGCCAAUAUUCAGGUGCAUGCCGGUACUGACAUGCAUACUACCGAUGCUGAUUUUGGUUUUCUCAGCAAAUAUUAGACUUCUGAUUCACACACGCACCUUGCAUUUUUCACAAAACACCUCACUCCACUGCAACGCAAUAUUAACACCACCUUGCACGCAUAUCUUUUAGCAUUAUUAUACAAUCUUCAGAUCAACUCAGGGCAUCAA